AUGGCGACCUGGGCCGUCUUAGACGUCAGCGCCGACCCCGCGAACCAGCCGCGCGACAGCAGCAGCUGUCACUUGCUGCCGCAGGAGGCCGUCCAAGAUGCCAACGAGGUCCUCGAGGGCGACGUAUACUUCUACACCACCUCUGGUGUCGGCAUCACCCUGGCCCAGGCGCUCCAGGGCCAAACCGACGACCUGAAAGAUAGAGAUAAGCCUGCUUUCAAGGAUGGCACGGUAACUUCCGCAAAGAUCACCAUGAGGAUCCAGAUCCAAGACUGCUCGUCGUACCACAACCGACAAGUGACUGUCUUGCGCAUCUUGAAGGGCGUCAGCGAAUCGGUGACACGGGGCAAGCUCGCUGAGAAAAUAGCUCAGGAGACCCAGAAACAUCUGGGCGGCCAGGUAGAAUUCAUUAUAGACGGGCGCACCCUCUCUCUCGAGGACAUCUACUUGUGGAAGCUUCGCCACGCGACGAAGGGUUCCUGGCAGCCCGAGUUCUACGUACGCAUUUCGGAGCAGGCGUCAUCGUAG